GACCCCCCUUUCCGACAAAAGUGGGUGCGCUUGGGGCGGUCCCUGCUCGCUCGCCAGCGGCGGCCGCGUAGGGCCGAAGUGUGCGAUCUCUCCUUGGCUUGUUGUGUGCGUGGGUUAUCGCGAGCGGCUCUCGCGUGCGGGAGGGAAGAGACUAUGUGAAGAAUCAACCGGAUAACCAAUUUCCUGCUGCGCGCGCGGCUUCUCUGCGUGUUCCCUGGCGCGCCGCUGCCGUGCACCACCACACCGAACCAAGGCGUCCAGGGAGAAGAGAAACUCCGCGGCUAUGAUCUGCGACGGCUAGCUACCGUACGUCGUUGUCGCGGCGAAAAAAAAAAACGAAAAAAAGAAGAAACCCCCCUGCGCCUCUCGCGUCACAGCCAUCGAUUCAACGAGCGACGGUGACGCAGUGUCCCCACGAUGGCAUUGCACGAGGACUACCAGGUGUCGAUGGUGGCCGACUGGUUCCAUGCCGUGCCGCACGUCGAUAUCGGUUUUUCCCCCGUCAAUUCCACGUUCGACCCCACCAGCAAUGUUUACCUCGAGAGCCUCGGCAUCCUCAUCGCGGUGCCGGGCUUCUGGUUGAUCCUCACCCUCCUGGCGUUCCUCAUCUUCUUCCUCUGCCGAUGCUGCGACUCGGGUCUCAAGAAAAAACGACGCCUCACACCGCUCAAGUGGACGUUGGCACUCUUCGCACUCCUCUGCUGCGGUGCACUGGCACUGGGGCUGUUUGGAAAUGACCAGGCCCACAGCGGUGUGGUGGCCGUUCAGAAAUCGACUCAAUACAUGGAAGACAACCUCAGCAAUUUUGGCAACCAGACGCAAUACCUGGAGCGAGCCCUGGGCCAGAACGCCAAGGACCAGCUGCAGGGACUGACCGAGGCCCUGGCUGGCCCCAUGCCGGAUGCCGCUGCCCGAAACGUGCUUGACCGCUCGCUGGAGCUCAUCAAAGGAAACCUGAGCGUUGGCGCCGGGCGCGCCCAGGAGCUGCACUCCCGCAUUGGCCAUCUGACUCUCAGCCCACUGCCUAGAGCCCUCGAGUUGAUUGAGCUCUUCCGGUGGCCUGCGACCAUCGGCCUUCUGUGCGUGCUCAUUCUGGUAUGCCUGCUGCUGCUCUGGGGUGUCAUCCGACACUCACGCUGCCUGCUCAUUCUGUUUUCGGUCCUGGGUCUGCUUUCCGUGGUGCUGUGCUGGGUGCUGGUCUCCCUCUAUCUCGGCAUCUGUGUGGCCGGCUCGGACUUCUGCCUGGACCCUGAGCCAUUCCUUCAGAAGCAGUCCAGCGGAAUGGUGGACAAUGCUGUGCUCAACUACUAUCUUCACUGCAGGCAUGACUCUUCCAGUCCAUUUGUAGAGCCACUCAGAGAGGCGCGGGCAGCUGUCGACGGUGUGCAGACUCUCAUGGCACCAGUGACGCAAAUAGCAGACCGUUACUUCCCCCGCAAGGAGGUUCACUCCCUGCUGGGUCAGCUGGGCCAGGAACUCAAUGGCAGUCAGAAUGCGCUCGGCAAGCUCGGCCUUCUGCUCGACUGCCGUCCGCUCAACCGCGAGUAUCAUCGCGCCAUGGACGCCACCUGCACUGGCCUCUUAGAGGGCACGGCCUUCAUGCUGGCUUCUGCCCUCGGGGGCGGACUGCUGUUCACGGUGCUUAUCUGGGUGGCCUCUCACACCUGGAUUCACAUUCGACAGAGGCGGCCGCGAGAUACCGUGGACGAGGAGGAUCCCUUCCUGCCCCCCUCCGCGGUGGGUGCGCCUCGACGCAGCCGCGACACGAAUGGACGUACCGCAAGCCGUGAAGAGCAAGCAUUUCUGCAAGCCAGGUACACACCACCUCCAACGGCCAGCAUGCGGCCCGUGGCCUCGGACUCGUGGGAACCGUUGUUGGCCUCCAAGGGUGGCGUCGCGCGCCGGGGCGGCACGCCGGAGCGGGCCCUGUCGUUCUCUUUUGUUUCCUUUGCCACCACGACGGCGACCUGACAUGCGCCACAAAGUUCUGAGCGAGGGAGAGAAGCAGAGACUUUUCAACUUCCGGCAAAUGAGAAGACGUUGAAAAAAAAAAAACACCUCCAUUCCCCCUCAUUGUUCUCGUACCUUCCCCGCCAACAUCUGACUGCACAUCUGCGCAAGUGUGCUGAUGACUUCACCCGACCAGCCAUCUUUAAUUUUUUUUUCCCCCAUCAUCCGACGUGUUAUAGUGAACGUCUUAGUAGAGCUCCCAGUUCUUCUUUGUCAUCCCCUGGCCCCGUCUGAUCAUGUGCCGGUUGCUCUGUCACCCGCUUUCCCACGUUGGAACAUGAGUACACCUGCUGGAAAUUCGGUGGUGGAUUAGCUCUGUGCUACCAGUGUCGAAGAGUUACUGAAAUGCUUUUGUUGAAGAACCUGUUUGAAGAUGCAUGGAAGCGAGCUCCGAAUUGCUGCUUCAUCGCAAAGAAGCGCUGCUUUCGGCAUGAAUAGAUGGCAAGAUGUAGGAUUGAGUUCAGCAUUCCAAGCAGUGACUGGAAUGAUGGACUACUUGACAUGGCUUCAGAAAGAUUCUUCCCGAAUACUUGAUUGGGUGGCUGUCGGUUCUCAUUACAGAAUGUUUGCAUGGUCAGAUUCAAGAUGCCGUGUAUCUGCCAAAGCUUUUCUUUUUUUUUUUGUAAGUUAUAGAGCCAUGGUAGCAACUUCGGAGGAAAGAUAAAAGGACAGAUCAAAGGUAGCACGAGUAGACAAUGACUGUGGGGCAACACUGUGAUUCCCCCUUGCAAACAUUCUUGCAAAGAUGCCAAAUGAAUCGCAAAGACUUGACUCAAGAGAUGGUCAGUACAAAGUCUUCUGCUGAUGUUUCAUUGAUUUUCACUGCGCCUGAUGAUAUUGCCAAAGCCUUGUCAGUGUGAGGAAGCCAUGCCGCAACAAAAGAAGCUUGUACCCAAGUAUUGUAGUUUGAAUACGUGCGGUGUGCAUCAGCACAUCGUCGAGCCAACAUGAUAGAUUUCUGCCAGGAUGGCUUGCACAAGGGGCAAGUGUUUUUGCUGGCGAACCACAGGAAUGACAGAAGGAUUGCGAACGACUGUUUGAGUUGCCCAACAUGCCGACGUUAGGCGAUGUGAGCAAGCUGCAAAGUGACGUUGCAUCGAGCGUAUCGAAAUGCUGAGCCAUGUCCUUCGCUGCUUCUGCAAGUCCAAGCCAGCGGAGCCACAUCGCAUCGUGAGAAGGCUCUGGAAUGUCACCUCUUUCACGGAAAGCUGCGCACAAAUGUCGUCACGUCAGUUUGGAGACGGAUCAUGCACAAGUUCCACACGGUGUUCUGUAAAAGGAACGUCACAUGACGUCCUUCACUGUCAUCACGAAAGGCUGCGGGGAAGGUGGUCAGAGAAAUGCAAGAGGGCCAUGACAACACCUGGCACCGAUUCGAUUGUGGACACACUCACGCUGGAUUUGCGAGGAAGUCUCAAGGCAUUCCGGACUACGCUAAGGAGUUACGUAGGUUGGUCACGCGGAGGAGAUGCUGCAAGGCGUGGGCCGUGCCGCCACGUUGCGAUCCAGUGCUGUGACCAUCUCCAUUGCUGCCCCACUGUUGCCUGCAGCCCCAAACAUUCCUCGUUGUCCCACAGCAGGCCGGUGACGUUCCUCACUUAUCCUUUUCCCCCCCCUCAAGGGGCCCAGCUAGUCAGCAGGAACCCCAGCGGGUUCGUAAACGAGACUAUUUUCGGGCACCCGUCGUUCUUCACCCGAAAAAGUGCCAGUCGGCGUCGUAUGCCGGUUGUGACUGCCAACGUGACGUCACCGCACGCAUUUGUUUGUUUUUACGCGUUGUUUUUUGCCUUUUUUUUUUCUCUCUUUCUGUCUCGUUGCCGAGAAUCUCGCGCUCCGACUUGCGGACGCGUGCAUCCACCAAUGCUCAACUUGUGUACAGCCACCAUGGCACGGAUCUCCUCGUGGGAGGCUUUUUUUGUAAUUUAUUGUGCGUGGACAGCCUGGACAGACAUGCGUUCUCAAAUAUGCAAAGCUUUGCUCUGUUCAAAAGUCAUUUAGGUCGGUCAGAAGUCAUCAAAUGGAUUAGCGUGUAUACAAAGUUUUCGUUAAAUGUUAGUUCCCGCUGUGCUGUCUUGCAUUCCAUAGUAAAUGUUUGCAAUGCAUUAUUCCCACAGACACAGUGCUAACAAAAGCUUAACAAACUUGCUGACAUUGUUAGUUCCACUUGGUUCCUAGUAUGAUGGGCCAGGAAAGACUGAUUACAAGAUAUGCUCUGCCUUUGUUGAGUGCUAGAAGUGUUCCGUGCUUAUAAAUGUAGCGCUUUAAAACAGAAUGUGAGGUUUUAGUUUCCAACUCAAAAUAUCUCGACAUUCUCAGUUUGCUUAUUUGGCUGUAUAUAUUAUUUACUGCCAUUAUUCAAGCUUGUGAAUCGUCUCUGUGGAGUGAUUGAGUGUGUUGUCAGUGUAGCCACCUGUUGAGACUACGCGUGCAUUUUGAUUCAAUCGGGUUUGAAGUUAGGCAUUCUCCGUAUUGCACCUAGAACUCAAAUAUAGCCAGGUUAAGGUUACAGGCGGCCAAGAUGAGAUUUGUCGUCGUGACAAUCGAUCCUCAUAUUGAGCAGCAUUCCUGCUGUGGACCAAAUCUUCAUACGCAUACACACGCACUUCGGCGCAACUUCUAUCGCAUUCCUUACGACUGACGCAGGAACGCCUGCCCCGCUUUCGAUUGGAAAAAAAAAAACACAGUUUUAACGAAUAUACAAACCAUCUGGACCAACCGCUUCCGUCAUUCCAGGUAUUUGUUUCCCGUUUGCGUGCCGGAAAACAUUCCAUUCCAGCGCUUUUAAAAUUAAGUGGUCACACUGCAUUUAUGCAGCGCACGCCCGAAACACGUGUAAAUAGGUUGCGUUUUCCUCGUUUCAAGCCUCCCCAAGGAGAUCCGCUAGCUGCUGUGCGCACAUUUCACAUUCCCGGUUGUGUUCCCGGGUUUGACGUCAUUUGCUCGCUGUACGUAGUGCGUGUCAUUACGGCGUUGCGUCGUUUUUUGGCGAAGCGCUACAGACAUGUCUCUUUUUCGUUGUCUACAUGUGCAAUGUGUGUACAUCAUGUGAGAAAGAAAAAAAAGCUUUGUUAAUACUUUCUUUCGCUGAAAAGACUGCAGAAGCAAGUCCGUAGCUAUUUAAAACCAAAGAUGUAUUGUUCUUCGAAGCUUCUCAGUCUUCUCGGCCAACCAUGCAUUUGGAUUCUCGAAGCACCCUGGAACCAACAUGUCUGCUGCCAAUGCCGUCUCCUUUUUUUUUUUUUUUUUUUUGAAACCGCGAACGAUUUUGACAAAACGCGAGAAAUCAUUGAGGUAUCGCGUCGACUCGUUAGUAGGUGGCCGUGUGCUAGGCAUGCACGAAACGUUUGAGAGGUAUCCGUCUUUGAACUUGAGCCGGCAGUUCUGGCUGUAAGUACGUGUCUAGCCAUUCAUGUCACGCUUUUAGACGAAAUUUUCGCCUGCACACUGACUCCACAGCGUAGGGAACUGCUUUGCAAAGUGAUCAGGUGCCUAUGCAUAGCCUCAAAUGCAUGGAGGAGAAAAAGUAUACAUACACGUACGUAACCCACGCGUAGCUCAGGCAUUUCAUGCCGACGUGUUGGUUUCAGGUGCUGCGACGAUAGCUAUAGACUCAGUGCUGUAUCCAUAUUUUUCCCGCCAGUUUCCAUUUUUGUCGGCAUCAUCUUUGACAAAAGCGAAAACACUGUCAUCCUCUGCUUGCUAGCAAAAUGACUAUUGUUUGACUACCUCUGUGUAACAUCUUAAUUUUUCUUUCUGUACAACCAUAACUGCCCGCAAGAUCGUGCUUCAUUGGCACAAUGCUAAAGGCUCAUCUCUGCAACUAUUUAAGAGAAGGCUUUUCGAAAUACGAUAUUGUAAUUUUAAAGCUAUUGAUUGCAACCACUGUAAAAGUGUACAGUUUGCACUUUGUUUGGAUCCAUCAUAGUCUUGUUUAUAAAUGUAGAGUGUUAAGUAUGUUAUGGUCUCUGAGCUUUCUAGAAGCUAUGCACUCAAUACUGAAAACUUUUAAGCUCAUUUUGUUGCUUCAUUUGAGUUUUAAAGCUUAUAAAAGUGUUCUUAGUUCAUGCGGGGACUACGAAGUUUUGAUUUUGUUCUUAUUGGUCAUGCAAAUCUUUUGUCAUGCACAAUACAUCUACAGUGACAAAGAAGUUUUUGUAGCAAAUCAGAUGUUUGUCAAGUUACAUACUGCUUACUUAUUACAAGUGCAUUUCUGCUUCACUUGUUUGGCAAAUCAGUGUUCUUAAGUUUUAUCUAUGGAAAUGAUCAUUGAAGGCAGUUGUAUGUAGAUGCUUACAUUUUUCCCCUGUCACCUUAAUUUUGGCUGUUACUCUUAAUAAUCGUUUUUAUUUUUACAUCAAAGUGACAUGCCAAGAAGGUCUUAUGCAUCUAACGUUCAUGCCAACACUUGAAAGUGCUGUUUCACUAUUGCUGCCAAGUGAACUGUGAAUUGAUGCCGACGUUGCCGAUAGUAGAACCUUUCUCAUUUUUUUCCUCUACGGCCACAAGGAAACUUUCAUUUUUAUUAUUGGCCAGCCGAACAAAACCAUUUUCAAUGACCUGUGACGAGCGUUCGCUCGGCGCCAAGAAGAAAAACAAUUUCCUACCGUUGGUACACCUAGCAGUUUUGUCAAAAUGUAGCCAGAAGAAUAAAA